UGGAAGACUCCGUCAAAACAAGGGAUCCGCUGCUGGUUUUGUCUGCUUCCUUACCGCACAAGCAUCUUCCUGACUCGCAAUAGCUCGACACUGGCCAAAAAUGCCUCUUCCAAAAAAUUCCUAUCUGGCCAGGAGUGCGAGGAAGGAGGAAUUUCUUGCUCGUCUUGGUUUGAAUGACGUUGAGCACUCGCACAAGCUGCUAUACCGACACUUGCUGGACGAAGCAUCUGCCGGCAGGGAUCGAUUGAGUCAAGAUCCAAACAACCUCUACGCCCAGAACAUGCGCGAUCCGAACAUUCGACCCCCUUACUCGGCAGAUAACAUGACGGAGACGGCCAUGCACCGGGAGGUCUUGAACAUCUGGAAGCUCGCUAGCGAAGAGACUCGUCCCUACUACGACUACGGGUCAAUCCAAAACCAGGCCACCAGGGAUAAUUGGGUAAUUCGUUGGACCCUCUGGCAUGUGUUCCGAUAUAGAGACAACCGGAAUUGUAGACGUCCAACCGAGCUCACGGAGCCGAAUGCCGGCCACGGGAAACAUACUGCUCAAGUCACGUACUGGGACCCCGUCAAAAACCUGAACUAGGACGACACGCAGGGCGGCGAUGGGUGGUUGAUGUGUGCGCCUAACAACGUCAGCUAUCAUCGCACAUGCCUAGGUACGGUGUCGGAAAAAGGACCAAAGCUCAACGCAUGCCGGUCUAAACAACAAAAAGAGUGUAGAUGUCAUACGCCGAAGGUGUUUUUUCGGAGGGAAGAGUUGCCGUACUUGGCUAGUCGAACCAUCAAGGUUCCUAGCGACAGUAUGCUCUCUGGGAGUUCAUGGUCUCUCUUUCUCCUUCUCUUCCUUUGCGAUUUCAUGUCCUUGUCUUGACACACCACUCGUUAUAGCUGGAGGUAACACCGGAGUAUAGCUUAAGUGGCAGUAUGUUUAACCAAUUAAACCAAUCCUGGGGCGUGACGUCCUAGCCCCUAUCUGCUC